AUGGCUACUGUAUUAUCCAAUUCUCCAAUAUUCUCCAACUCAUCCAGCAAUUCCACGGCAACUUCUUUGGAUUGUAAGUAUAUUGUUAAAAGCAGUAACGAUGAAUUAGGCGAUGGGAAUUUUUCCAUUGUAAAAAAAUGCCAAAAUACACUAACUGGUGGUUAUUUUGCCAUGAAGAAAGUUCAUAAAAAUUUAUUAAAAGGAAAAAUGCAAUUAAUUCAGAGAGAAAUUAAUUUAUUACAAUUUUUAUCUCAGAAGAUAAGACAAAUUGAAAAUGAAUCUUCUGAAGAUUCUAUAAAUAAUUUAUUUGAUGGUCACCAUCAUGUUUUACAAUUAUUUGAUUAUUUCGAAACGAAAAAUAGUAUUAUAUUAAUCACCCAAUUAUGUGAAAAAGGCGAUCUUUAUGAAAAAAUUGUUUCAAAUUCUUGUUUAGAUUUGAACAGACAAGUAGUUCCAUAUACUGCUUGUUUGAUAAGUGCAUUGGGCUUUUUACAUGAUAAUGAUAUCGUUCAUAGAGAUAUUAAAGCUGAAAAUGUUUUAUUUAGACGUAACAUGAUUAAUUCUUCAACAAAAAACUCAGAAACAACCGUUUUGGAUUAUGAUACUUCCUCUCAUGAUUUAAUAUUGGCUGAUUUUGGAUUAGCUACCCAUAUUCAUCAGAAUGAUCCAAAUUCUAAAGCCUUGAAAGAAUAUGUUGGGACCAUGUCUUAUAUUGCUCCAGAAAUUGUUUGUUGUAGAAAUGUUUCAAUGAUGGAUUCAAAACAAUUGAAAAAUUUAAAACCUUACGAUGAAAAAAUCGAUAUUUGGGCUUUAGCUGUUUUAGUUUAUUUCAUGGCUUUGGGUUAUACUCCAUUUGAUUGUGAUAAUGAUGAAGAAACAUUGGAUUGUAUUUCCAAAAAUGAUUAUUAUAUCGAUGAAGAUUUAAAAGAUGAUCCAAAAUUUAAACAAUUUUGGGAUUUCUUGAAAAUUUGUUUUCAAAUUGAUUCGAAAAAAAGACCUUCUAUGAAAAAACUACAAUCUCAUCCUUUUGUAAACAAAUUUUUCCCCAACUCAUUAUCUCAAUUAAAUACGAUUUCAGAGUAUAUUGAAUCCCCAAUACCUUCAGAUUUAACUCCGCCAACUCCUUUUUUAAAGAGAAGCAGUUCUACUUAUUCUUUAAAAUCUCCUUCCAAAACGCCUUCUGGUUUUCAUUUAUUUGAUUCUUCCAGCAAGACUUCAAAAAGCACCUAUAAUUAUUCCUCAUCUCCUUUAACCGAAAUUUCUUCAUCAAGUAGUUCCUUACUAAAUAAACCAUCAAUGUCUCCGAGUAUCUUGACUGAACCAGCUAUUGUUAUCACUACUACUAUGCAAACAAGUCGCUUACAACCUAAUCUUAGAAGAACUAGUUCAUUAACCAAUGUUAAUAAUUCAAAGUCAAAAGUAUUACAUUCUUCUAAUUCAACUAUAAAUAAAGUGAAGAAAAACUCUACUUUUAUUUUAGAACCAGUUCCACCAAAAACUUCUCUAAUGAAUGGUUGUUUAAGUACAACUCCAAAAGUUUUAUCAAGAAAAAACUCUGCAGCAAGCUUGGUUUUAUCAAUUGAAAAUGAUUCUAUUGUAGCUCAACCAAUAAAUAAUUCAAUUUUGAGUGAAAAUAGAUCGCAUCCAAAACCAAUAUUCACAAUAGAUGAUUAUGUAGACAAUGAAAACAAUCUAUAG